CUGUAAAUACCAGACUAACGAGCGGCCCACGCUGCUCCACGCUUAACCGCUCCCUCUCGCGUCGCGCACGAGCACCACGGGUUGUCCCAGGUGCUCCUCCAAGUUUGCCUUGAGACUGGGGUGGGCUGUCACCGCAGUUGAGCAAGUGGCGGUUUUCCUUCUUGAAGUCAGAGGAGAAAAAAGAGUCACUGUUCUAUGUCCAGUUUAGAGCCACUUCUCUUGGGAGGACACAGCGUUCUGGGGCUCUAGAAAACAAGAUUUAGGUCAGAGUGGGAGACUGACCGGUAACCUCAGACUUCUGUCUCAGAGUACACCCUAGGAGUGUGGGGACAAGUGCCAGACCCUUUGCUGCCUUAUCAUGCACUGCAGGGCUUACUUCUUGCUGGAAAGAGACUUCCAAGAGUUGAAAGAGAACAAUUUUAAGGGCAUUACUGCCUUUCCUGUAAGUGAAGAUCUAAUGGAAUGGGGAGCUGAUAUUCAAGGUCUGCAGAAUACAUUUUGGCAAGGAUCAUUAUUCCAACUGACAAUAAAUUUUACAUCAGAGUACAAUUUUGUCCCACCAGCUGUGAAAUUCUUGACAAUUCCUUUUCACCCAAAUGUAGACCAAAAUACUGGACAGGCCUGUAUAGAUUUUUUGGAUGACCCUGCUAAGUGGAGUACAAGCUAUACAUUGAGCAGCAUCUUACUCACCCUGCAGGUUAUGCUUUCUAAUCCAGUGGUAGAAAAUCCAGUGAAUUUGGAAGCAGCCCAAAUGCUGAUUAAAGAUGAAUCUCUGUACAAACAAACAGUUCUAAGACUUUGCAGCCAACCAUCACAAUUGAGAGAUGACAGCCCUGAGCCACUUAAAGAUCCAGAUAAAUUUAUCAGGUCAACUAAGGCAAUCUCAUUCAAUGAUUACUACAAGACAUGGUCUGGAAUAGCCACAUCCAAUGCCACAGGAUGUUAUAGAAGCCCAUUGUUUGAAGAUCCACAUUUUAUUGGAAAGUAUUAUAAAUGGAAGAAACCUGAAUUAAAACAUCCUAGAGAAUGGAAUCUAAAGUACACUGCUGCCAUGGCGAGGCUCGCCAGAGAAAGCAGAAGGCCUUACACAGCCAAUUAUCUACCAGAAAGUGUUCAUUCCUGCCCAACUCCAAGUACAUUGAUUCAACAUUUUCCUGAUUCACAACCUGAAAUCGAUAUGGUCGUAAAGACUGAUAGAACAAAGGAGAGGUGGAAGAGAGCAAUUUUACGAGAUGAUGGUGACACGAAUGAGUCAUGGGAAGAACAAGUGGAAGAUCUGGUCGCCUGGACCAACACUCUUGAUACAAAUGUUUUAGAUGAUCAAGCCUGAUGCUCCAGGAUUUAAAAAGUGAACAGCCUCCACCACAGGACAAAGAAGUUACACUUGCUCCUUUCUUUUCCUGCUACCAGAAGACCUGGGGGUGAAAGUGGGUGAUGGGGAAAGGAAGGGUAGGGAACAUGUCUUUGAAAUAGAGACCUUAGUCAG